GGCGGCGGCGGCGGCGGCUCACGGAGGCGGGGGCUCCACUUUCCAGGACUCAGGGGCGGCGACAGCGCCAGCCGCGGGCAGCAGGCUCGGCAGCCGGAGCUGGAACGGCCGGGCGCGGCGGCGGCGCCGGGGGAUCUAAAAUGUCCACUGAGGCACAAAGAGCCGACGACAGCCCAGGCACUAGUGGGGGAAGCUCCGAUGGAGACCAGCGUGAAAGCGCCCAACCGGAGCCGGGGAGAGAACAAGCUCAGCCCAAGAAAAAGGAAGGGAAGAUAUCCAGCAAAACAGCUGCUAAGUUGUCCACUAGUGCUAAAAGAAUUCAGAAGGAACUUGCAGAAAUUACAUUGGACCCACCUCCCAACUGUAGUGCUGGACCCAAAGGAGACAACAUUUAUGAAUGGAGGUCAACUAUAUUGGGACCCCCAGGAUCUGUCUAUGAAGGAGGGGUGUUCUUUCUUGACAUAACCUUUUCACCUGACUAUCCGUUUAAACCCCCCAAGGUGACCUUCCGCACCAGAAUCUAUCACUGUAACAUCAACAGCCAAGGCGUGAUCUGCCUGGACAUCCUGAAGGACAAUUGGAGCCCGGCCCUCACCAUCUCUAAAGUGCUCCUGUCCAUCUGCUCCCUCCUGACAGACUGCAACCCCGCUGACCCGCUGGUCGGCAGCAUCGCCACACAGUACAUGACCAACAGGGCGGAGCACGACCGGAUGGCCAGGCAGUGGACCAAGCGGUACGCGACAUAGCGCCGGCGGCAGCUCCGCGCGGGGCGCCCGCGCUGCCCGCCGCCUGCUACCUUUGGAACCGUCUUGCGAUGGAGCGUCAUCCAGCCCCACCCCUGUUCCUUUGCUCCCCACCCCUUCCUGUUUUAUUCCCUUUUUAAUUUCCAUUAACUUGAAAGAUCUGGUCUUUUUUUUUUUUAAUCCCCCCCUCCACGUGGAUGGGAACUUUGGUUUUCAGUGCAAACAAUGUCGGAUCUGUAAUAAUAAGAGCUUUCUUACCAA